AUGGAGAAGAGAGCUCAGGCCACUGAGUCUCUCAUUCAAACAUCGAGUGGCCAAGCGGCCCUCGAUUACACUGUACAGGCUGCCGAGCUGUAUAUGAGAGCUGCUGGAGAGGCUCCUACUAAGAAAGAUGCCAGUCGUCUGCGCCAGAAAUGUCAACAACUCAUAGCUCAGGCAGAGAAGCUCAAGGCCCAACUCACACAGACGCCUAGUGUCCUAUUGCGAACUUCACGCCUUCACGGCAAUAUCUUUCCUCCGUGGUCAAAUGAGCCCUCAAGCAAGGACUUUGAACUUCCCCCAGGAGAGGAACCUUUUACGUAA